CCGCCGCCGGCCGCCAUGGAGGAUGUGGGCUCGGGCGUGAACGCGGACGCGGAGGUGCGGAAGCUUCAGGAGCUGGUGAAGAAGCUCGAGAAGCAGAACGAACAGCUUCGCAGCCGCCACGGCGCCCUGCCCGCCGCCCCCGCCAGCCCCAAGCGCCUGCCGAGCGCCGGGCCCUCCUCGCCGCCGCCCGCCGCCUCCCCGUCGCCCGACGGCCGCUGUCUCAGCCCCAGGGCCGCCGCCCGGCGUUCGCUGCCCGAGGAGCCCGGCGGCGGCGAUGGCGGCAGCGGCGGCAACGGCCUGCUGGACGACGCGGCGGUGCUCAGGCCGGAGGAGCUGGAGCGGCUGGCCGGCUGCGAUGAGGACGAGACCGGCUGGUUGUAUACGUCUCCAAAGAAGAAACUGAAUCCAGUGCAAAAAAGUGUCAGUCCUUUAGUUUGGUGCAGACAGGUAUUGGAUUACCCAAGUCCUGAUGUUGAAUGUGCUAAGAAGUCACUGAUCCACAAGCUGGAACAAACAAUGUCAGCUCUCAAGAGACAGAGUUUGUACAGCAGCCCUUUCAGUGCGGUCAGUUAUGCGAGUUCCUACAGUCCAAAUACUGGUAGCCCCUACAGCAGUGGCUUCAACUCUCCCUCCUCAACACCAGUGAAAUCUGCUUUAGUGAAACAGCUCAUACCUCCUGGUACCUCAGGUCACCUUAAAAUUUCAGGAGAUAGAAAUCCUCCACUAAGUCCACAGUCUUCUCUGGACAGUGAAUUAAGUGCAUCGGAGAUGGAUGAAGACUCUAUUGGGUCUAAUUACAAGUUAAAUGAUGUUACAGAUGUACAAAUUUUAGCACGAAUGCAGGAAGAAAGCCUGCGGCAAGAGUACGCAGCCACAGCUUCUAGGCGUAGUUCUGGCUCCUCUUGCAAUUCCACCCGGCGAGGCACAUUCAGCGACCAGGAGCUUGAUGCACAGAGCUUAGAAGAUGAGGAAGAUGGCACACAUCACACAGUGCACCCUGCUGUUAGCAGGUUCUCACCAUCACCUCGCAGUUCUCCCUGGCCUUCACCAAAACAAUCUCCAAGAAAUUCACCUCGCUCACGAUCACCUGCUCGAAGCAUAGAGUACAGUAGAGUGUCACCGCAGCCUAUGAUUAGCCGUUUACAGCAACCUCGUCUUUCGCUUCAAGGCCAUCCUACAGACUUGCAAACUAGUAAUGUCAAAAGUGAAGAAAAACUAAGGCGUAGUCUUCCAAACUUGUCCAGGACAUCUAACAUCCAAGCAGAGUCUGUGAAAAACAGCAGAAGUGACUCAAACUUCCAAGUGCCAAAUGGAGGAAUACCUCGCAUUCAACCUCAAGCCUCAGCCACUCUGCAAAGGCAGAAAAAUUUGCCUCGUGCUGCCUUCAAAACCAAACAGUUUCUUCAAACUCCAUCUACAAAAGGAGUACCUUCUUCGAGUAAAUUCCGCUCUCCCGCGGCACCGUCUCCCUUAGCUCUCCGACAGCCAGUGAAAGCGUUCAGUGCCCAUGGGCCAGGCUCGGUCGCCUCUCCAGAAGCCACACAGCUGACGCACAGUAGUUCUUCACCAGGGCCUCUUGCAGCCCAGAGCUCAGGCUUGCCGAGCCCUGCCAGCAGUAUUAACAGUACUACUCUUACCAGACCAGCAGGGAUGAGGAGUGGUUUGCCCAGACCCAGUGCCCCUUCCACAGGGGGCAUCCCAGUGCCUCGUAGCAAACUUGCACAGCCUGUUCGCAGAUCAUUACCCACUCCCAAGACAUAUAGCAACGUGAAAGAUGAGAGUUGGAAAGAUGGCUGCUACUGAUCUGCACAGCUCAAUGCAGAGUUCCAGUGCUCAUGGAUACUUCCUCACCAGGCAAAAAGACAGCUUGAUUAAACAAACUGUUCAGAUGUGACUCUUGGAAUUUGUAAAAAUUCCAAACCUCUCUGUCUCUGAUUAGCACAAACUGGCAGAGAUUAUUACAAAGCAGCACUUUAAUGACAUCUAACAUCAGAUGUUUGGUGGUCAUACAAUCACUUCUACAUUAAAUUGCUAUCAGUUCUGGGGGCUUUUUUAUUGCUUGCUAAAGAUGUUAUCAAUAUGAGCAUUUAUGAGAGUGGCCAAUGUCGGGGCAAAAAUGAAUGAAUGCCAAAGAAAUGCCCAUCUUGAAAAACAGCAAGGACAACUACCAACAUACAUUAUCCACAACUUCAUUUUCAGCCUGUUUUAAUUCGGCAGAAAGAUUGGUGAAUAUGUACUAUUGAAACAAGGCUACAUGAAUCAGAGCUGAUGUUCUGAUUGCAGACUGCUACAGUGCUAGGGAAAUGUUGCUUUUAACAAUUGUAUGAGAUCCCAGCUGGGACUGGAUACGUCCUUCUGGAAGAAUCAGCAGUUACUCUGGAGGAUUAGGUAGAACAGGGAGUUGUAGCCAUGACUUCUGUCACAUUAAAAGGUUUGAAUGUAGCAGACACACACAAUGCAAUAGUAUAGAUUGCAUCUUUCCUAUGUUGAUUUAUUGGCUUUACCUACUCUUAUGUUUGAUUGCCAGAAGGGCUUAGUAUCAGCUGUACAAUCUUUCUAACCUUAAAUUCCUGGCUCAGGAAAGAUGGCCUUCACUAUUGUAGCCACAUUUUUAACACAUUGGCAUGCUAUUUGGGGAAAAAUAUUUUAUAGCAGGUUUCCUUGCAAAAGAAAGAGCAAGUGAUAAUUUGGAUUUGUUCUAAAACCAUACCACUAUACAUGCAGCCUGCAGCAACUGUAAAUGCUGGUAGUUAAGGAGAAGGAAACACAACUAUGCACUUGUAACAUACAAAUUUUAAGGAAAUGAGUUACUCUUGAUGCCAAAUGAUAUUCAUUUAGGUGAUGUUCCAUGGUAUGAGGGAGUUUUCUGUAUCCUAUUUUUUUACUUUCAUCCAUUUCUUAAAUUGGUUUAUUUUAAAUUGUAAAUAUUUUUACAGAAGAUAUUGCCCAUGUAAGUGUGUUUAAAUAUGUACUUUGCCUUACUUAUGUGUAUCUUACAUUACUGGUAACAGAGUAUAAAACCUGCUGUGUCUGUUUACAAGCUAUUAAACUCCUCUGGUGGCUCUGA